GAAUCUUGUCUGUCUCUCACAUGAUCCCCGCCCCGCUCGCUUUGCUCGUCGGUCGCAGUCUGGUCUGGUCUCAAGACUCCCUUCCCUUUUCUUCACUUUUUUAACCUUUCAGCCUUUUUGUUUGCCUUGAGCUGAGGUGAGCUGAGUUCGAGUUGCCAAACGAAAUCGUCACCUAGGGUUCCUCUUUUACUCCCCUUUUAUGUGACAUUUUUCAUUUUUAAAUUUAUCCCUACUUCUGCUUUCUUCUUGGAAAUUAUAUGUGAUCUGGUUGUGGUAGGUGUUGGGGCUGUGUUUUUUGGUGGGGGAUUUUGGAGGGGGGUGGGGAUUGUUGGGGUCAAACGAGCAAAAGUGAAAAAAUGGUGUGAUUUUAUUUAUGUGGGAUUACUUUUUGGAAGACGUGGUUGUGAAGCAAUUUAUGCUUGUUUUAGCUCUCGAUUCCUGUGGAUUUGCAGACUGGAGUUCAUGAAUCGCAGCUUCUAUUUGUGGAAGAGGAAUAUUCUGGAUCUCUUAUGCUCUUGUUUUUUACAAUUACGAAUCGCUCUUCCUGAUUGUUAGGUAUUGGAUUUAAGACAGGUCAUAAACAAUGGAUGCUGCAUUUCUAAUCUUCGAUUAUUUGGAGGUGAAACCGCUCCCCGUCUCUGCUAAGAGAGACCAUUUUGGAACAUGGUCAAGAAAUUAGGUUUUAUAGUUCCAGAUUUGGUUGCUGCAGUUAAACUUACUGUUUGUUCGUUGGUAUAUUGAGUUUCCAUUUGGUGAUGGAGGAUAUUGGACUGUUCAAUCAAGGUUUGAAAUGGUUGCAGUCGAAAGAUUGCUAUUCAGUAGCAAGGACUGCCAUGAGCUGUUUGAGGGACAAGAUUGGGAUUUUUAUGGAGCGGCAUUGGCCGAUGGUGUGCUGUGGCUGUGCUAGAUUGGGGAGAGGUCUGCUGUUCUUGUUGGAGUUUUGGAGGAACUGUUUUCUCUCGGGAUGUCGAUCUUUUGUUGGGCUGGGAUCGGCUGCUCUGCUCGUCAUUAUGUGGUGUUGCUUCCUAAGCUUGACAUCAAUGUCGUGCCUCUUGUAUGUGCUACUUAGUAUGGGAGCAGCUGGUGUUGCUGUUCAGUAUUUAGGCUACACUCCUGGACUUUUUAUUGUGGGGCUGUUUGCCAUUUUAAUUUUGUGGAUGUACGCUAACUUCUGGAUUACGGGUGCCUUGUUCGUAGUUGGUGGUUAUCUAUUUUCACUGAAUCAUGCACGGCUGGUGGUGCUUAUGGCGACCGUAUACGCUAUGUAUUGUGUUAAAGUUAGAGUAGGAUGGCUUGGAGUUGUUCUUGCAAUUAACCUGGCAUUUUUAUCCAACGAUCUAUUGAAAUAUUUGAUUAAGUGGUGUGAUAACUUGAGUGAAAACACUCCCUCUGACGAACAGAAGCAGUCUUACUCAUUUAGUGAGGAAGAUUUCUCCACUGAGUGUGAAUAUCCUGCCACUUCUGAUGUGGAAGGAGAAGAACAGGAGAAGUUGAACUCACAUAAAUCAGCUAGCAAACCUGCUAGCCCAUCAUCUUUUGUCGAGAAGCCUAAAGAAUUCGCUGCAAAGAAAGUGGAGAAAGAAGAUUCGGACUCGAUAACUGAGAUGGAGAGGAUAUUGAGUAGUGGCAAUCACUAUGAAGCACUUGGGUUUCCAUGUCAAAAGAAACUCGAUCUGGUGCUAUUGAAGAAGGAAUACCAUAAAAAGGCCAUGCUCGUGCACCCCGACAAAAAUAUGGGAAGUUCGCUAGCUAGUGAAUCGUUCAAGAAACUUCAAUGCGCGUAUGAGGUUCUUUCGGAUACUGCAAAGAAGAGAGAUUAUGAUGAGCAGCUCAGAAAAGAAGAAUCUAAGUGUGUGAUGCAGAAAUCCGCAAGCACUUCUUGUCAGAAUACUACUGAAUUUUGCUCUGAGGAGUCGAGGCGCAUACAGUGCACGAAGUGUGGCAAUUCACACAUAUGGGUUUGUACAAAUAGAACGAAGGCCAAAGCGAGAUGGUGUCAGGACUGCUGUCAAUAUCAUCCCGCAAAAGACGGUGACGGAUGGGUAGAAUCGGUGGUACUUGAUCAGCCUCACAAGGGAGGCAUACCCCGGGCUUUUGUGUGCGCCGAAAGCAGGGUUUUUGACGUAUCUGAGUGGGCAAUAUGUCAGGGGAUGAGUUGCCGCGAAAACACCCACAGACCCAGUUUCCAUGUAAACAUGGUUGGAUUAGGGACAUCAACUCAGAGAUCCAAUUCCAGCAGAUAUCCAUGGGAUUUGGAUGCCGAGAUGAUGGACGAGGAGGAUGAAUUUGAACUGUGGCUUCAGCAGGCCGUUGCAUCCGGACUUUUCUGCGAGACUUCGAAACGCAGGAAAACAUGGAGCCCCUUUAAGCUGACUCAGAAAAAGGGGAAGAAACAGUGGCGAAGAGCGUCUUAGACAACAAUUUUGGCUGUCCUGUCUGUACCGGUGAGUCGAGAUCUUCCUGGUUAAUAGCUUGCCCUAGAAAUGGAUGCACAUGAAAUUCUAUGGUGGAUCAGAGGAUUUGGAAACUUCUCAUUUUACACGUAACAUUAUGUAAAUAGUCAGUCAGUCUUCUUGUAGCUUUUUCCCUUGUCAGGGUCGGACGGUUUUUGCUUGCGCCCUCGACGUUUAAAUUGAACGUCGGGGCGGCAGCAAAGCUGGCGCCGUGUGUACAUUUAGAGAUUAGUUUAAGAACUUGCAGAUGCAAUAAAAGACAGCGUUUCCUCUCUAA